AUGUCUUCCCACCUACCUCCCAACUACACCCCUGCGCUUCUCCACCGCUACCUUUCCCAUUUCAGCCGUGACCCUUCCAAGCUAAAUGUCAUCGACCACGAUGCCGUCGGCUACGCCACGGUGGAAGAACGGGCCGCCCGCGCAAAGAAAUACAACGAAGUCGCUUCGGACUACUAUGAUCUUGUCUCGCCUCUCUACGAGCAAGGAUGGGGGCAGCGAUUCCAUUACACCCCAAUCUUCCCUGGGAAGUCCAUAGCCGACAGCAUGACAGCUUAUGAGCACGAGUUUGCCCGUAUUGCCCGCCUCAAACCAGGGAUGAAGGUGUUGGAUCUUGGCUGCGGCAUUGGCGGCCCUGCCCGCACCAUCACCAAAGCAAUCGGCUGCAAGAUCAUUGGGAUCACAAACAGCACCUGGCAUGUUGAGCGAGGCACGCAGUUGACCAAGCAGGCUGGACUCGAAGGCAAGGUUACCCUCGUCCAGGGCAAUUUUGUGGUUUACGAAUCCUUCGACGCCGCAUACUCGGUAGAAAGCCUUUGUUACGCCCCCGACCCUGCAGAAGUGUACCGUGAGAUCAAGCGCAUCUUGAAGCCAGGAGCCCCGUUUACGUUUCACGACUUCGCCAUGACUAAGAAGUUUGACGAGAACAACACUGAGCACGCAAAGAUUCGGAACUGGGUCGAAUUUGGAAACGGGGUUGUGAAGAUGCCGUGGGUGCCGGAUAUGAGGAGGUGUGUGCUCUCUGCUGGAUUCGAGUUACUGGCAGAAGAGGACAUGGCUGACCGUAGCAAUGGGGCUCCUUGGUACUACGGUCCGGCAGGUGAUGUUUCUUGGGCAUGGCGUGUUCCUGGGUGGGAUGACUUCUUCAGGGUGGUCAAGAUGUCUCCCCUUUUCCUAUUCAUCGCCGAAAGCAUCUACCGAGUGUUGAUUCUGUUCGGCUUUGCGCCACCCGAAACACUCACCCUGAUGGACACCAUGUGGUACUGCUGUCGUUCGGUGGCUAUCGGCGGCAAGAUGGGGAUUUUCACCCCAAUGUAUGUGUUCACAUGCCGUAAGCCAAUCACGGCAAACAAGCGAAGUGGUUCUGCAGAGCAAAAGCAAGAGCAGGAGAAGGUUGAGCUCAAGAGGGCUUGA